CCUCACAUGUCAGCCCCCACCCAGAACAGCUAAUGGGGAGUAUUUCAUCCAACGCGCUAUGUCAAGACAACGACCAUUCCACAAUACCUCCCGCACCGAUUCAGUUUUUACCACGACGGCCCCGAGAACAAGGUUACCGUGUCCUGCUCCUCGAAAAUGUCACCCCGUUAACCCCCCUACGGCGCCUGGUGCUCCCUCAGAAUUUCUCCGACUCGCGACGCCGACUUUGAAAUCUGCGAGCUAGACAACCGACCGUUUAUUAUCACAUCGCUAAGAGGCUUCCCAAUUACAUACAAGACCCUACACAUUCCUUGAACCUUUGGGGUUCCUAGAAGACCUCCACAACUGCCAAACAUGGCGCGCGGACGACCCAGCCGCUUCCUUCGGCCCCUCCUAUACUCCGGCGGUGCCAUUGCUGGCACUGGGGCCAUACUCUACAUCGUCUACCGCCCCCGACAUAUUCCCGGUUCCGAGAGGGCCACCGUGCCUCCGCCAACAUAUGGAGAAGGAGGCGUCUUUCGGCCCCCGGCGUUCCCAUUGGUGAAGCCCAGGGAAGAGCAGAUUGAGGCUCUAAAGCGGAGUGGUAUGGACAACGGACUAAGCUCGGGGGUAAUUGGACAAGCGCUUGGGAAGAUCUCCGAUCCCAAUGCUUGGUUUGCAACAGGAAAGACCAUUUCUCCCCCGGCUGGCGAGCAAUUGUCAGGUGCAAGGAUAGAAGAAGAAGAGCCAUAUGACCUCCUCAUUAUUGGCGGAGGGGCCACAGGUACUGGAAUAGCACUGGAUGCUGCAACCAGAGGGUUGAAGGUCGCGUUGGUGGAGAGGGAUGACUUCAGCAGCGGCACCAGCAGCAAAAGCACCAAACUAGUACACGGCGGCGUCCGGUACUUGGAAAAGGCUUUCUGGGAAAUGGACUACGCGCAGUUCAAGCUUGUCAUAGAGGCGCUGAGAGAGCGGCGAUAUUUCUUAGACACGGCACCACAUCUCAGCUCCUGGCUCCCAAUCAUGAUCCCGAUCGAUAAGUGGUGGAAGGUCCCAUACUUUUGGUCCGGGACAAAGCUAUACGACGUCCUUGCGGGCGCGGAAAACAUUGAGAGCUCAUACUUCUUGACGAAGAGCAAGGCACUGGAUGCGUUUCCUAUGCUUAAACAAGAGGGCUUAUGUGGCGCCUUAGUAUACUAUGAUGGUGCGCACAAUGACUCUCGCAUGAAUGUCUCCCUAGCAAUGACAGCAGCGCUCUAUGGCGCAACUGUCGUGAACCACAUGGAGGUAACAUCCCUCGAGAAGGAUGCCGCUGGUCGAGUGUGCGGAGCGAAAGUCAAGGAUCUGGUACCCGGUCGGAAUGGUGAGAAGACUUCGGAAAUCACCAUCCGAGCCAAAGGGGUCAUCAAUGCUACCGGUCCAUUCACCGAUGCCAUCCGUAAGAUGGAUGAUCCCAGCGUACAGGAGAUCGUGGCGCCCAGUUCUGGCGUCCAUGUCAUCCUCCCCGGCUACUACAGUCCUCAGCACAUGGGACUGAUCGAUCCUUCAACUUCCGAUGGUCGCGUGAUCUUCUUCCUGCCAUGGCAGGGAAACACCAUUGCGGGCACUACCGACACUCCCACCGAUAUCACACAGAACCCAGUUGCGAAUGAAGAGGAAAUCGGUUGGAUAUUGAACGAGAUUCGCGGUUAUUUGGCACCGGAAAUCAACGUUCGUCGAGGCGACGUCCUCGCAGCAUGGUCGGGGAUCCGUCCGCUGGUUCGAGAUCCGAAAGCACAGAAGACCGAGGGGCUGGUCCGCAAUCACCUUGUCACCACUUCCGCAUCCGGGCUUCUCACCUGCUCGGGCGGUAAGUGGACAACGUAUCGCGAGAUGUCCGAAGAUACCGUCAACGAGGCCAUCAAAGAGUUCAACCUGACCAUCCGACCGAUCACGCACCCUCCACGGAUCAGCGGGACCUGGAUCACCGACGACGCGGCGAAUCUGAACGGCCAGUGCCAGACGCAGAGUAUCAAACUUGUCGGCGCACACGGCUACUCCAAGACCCUCUUCAUCAACCUCAUCCAGCACUUUGGAAUCGACACCGAGGUCGCCAAGCACCUGACCGCGGCGUACGGUGACCGCGCCUGGACCGUCGCCGCAUUGUCUGCACCGACUGGCCUACGGUUCCCCAUUCGAGGCCAACGGCUCUCAUCCCUGUACCCGUUUGUGGAUGGCGAGAUCCGGUAUGCGGUCAGGCACGAGUACGCUCAGACGGCGGUUGACGUGAUCGCCCGUCGGACACGACUGGCGUUCUUAAACGCGCAGGCUGCGCUAGAAGCAUUGCCGAUGGUCAUCGACUUGAUGUCUGAGGAGCUGAGCUGGGACGCGAAUAGGAAGGACAGGGAAUGGAGGGACAGCGUGCAAUUCCUCAAAAGCAUGGGGUUGCCGAAGGCGAAGUUGAAUCUGACGAGGAAAGACGUGGAGAAGGGGAAGGUUGGGACGUUUCCUGAUGAGGAAUACAAACUUUAUGCUCGGCACGACAAACCAGCAGAGGUUCUCGAGACUGAUACGCAUUUGGCUGCUGGACAUAAUCCCGUCAUCGGGCAGGCUUCACCUUCAAACAAGUGAAACUGCGGGACCCGUGGCAUCAGUGCUCAUACUACGGCAUUUGGGGGAAUCAUUGCAUCUAUAGAUUCUUUAGAAUAGCGCAUGUCCAAGGUCAUGGUGAGGUUAUGGGAACUCAUUGCAUCACAGUCCAUUAUUAGACACCUAGACCCAACGAUGGCACCUUCGACAGAAAGAAACUACUUGAGAAAAUAUAUGGUAUUGAGUUCCAAGUAUUGCAGCUAGAACAAUCAUGUCAGCGGGUUAAACAAUAAGCCAACCACAACAAUGGUGUUUUCGGCACAGUCGUAAUAAAUAGGUAACUGUAUAUUAUAGGAAUC